AUGGGUCCUAUAAACCCUACCCCUUCUAAGUCCCAGGAUGUGCAAAGUAAUGAUAACUCAGUUUCGCAAGUGGAUUUUAAAAAACUUUAUGAUAUAGUGGUGGAUAGUGUGGCGGAUAAUACAGGUCAACCUGAGGAUGGUUAUGACUAUGAUCCAGUAGAAGAUUUGAGAUUACAAUUUGAGCAGUUGGGUGUCAACCAGGCAAUGGCUCGAAGAAAACAUAGGAGAGAAUCCAAAAAGAAAAGCAGGAUUAAUAUAGCUAGUAUAGAUUCGAGUUCCAAUUCUGGUGCUAGCUCCUCUGACAAUGAUUCUAAUACUGGUGUUUCUUCUGAUUCCGAUGGACCCGAAUCCGAAUCUGAGAAUAUUACUGAAAUCGUUCAGAAUAUAAUCAACACUGCUAAAGCAAAAAAAAAAAAGUCCAAAACUCGUAAAACAAAACAGAGUGAAAAAAUAACUUCCUCUGAUAAAGGACGAAAUAGUAGAGCUAGUGUGGCUAAACCAAAUCUUAUUGAUAAAUCCCUUCAAAAAAUUAUACUAAAUAUGUUUGAUGGUAUCCUACCUGUAGAUUUGAUAGAAAAACUUAAAGCAAAGAUUGAAAAUUCAUCUAAUAUAGUUGCGCCUAUUCAGAAACAAAGCUUCAAGUCUCCAAAUCAACCAGAUUUCACAAAUUAUUGA